CUGGUAUAGUACAUUUUCCGUUUCUUUUCACUUCCCCCUUCCCAGGCCCCUCCCUCCCGACCUUCCCUUCCUCGCGGCGGAGGUACCUACAGCAGCGGCCGCCUCAAUCCCGCCCCCUCCUCUCGCCUCCCGGGGGAGACGCGCCGCCGCCGCCGCCGCCGCCGCCAUCGCCGUUCACUUUCUUCUUUGCCCCCAGGGACAUCCUGCUGCUGUCUCCACCCGGUCCCAGUCUCUCGCCAUUGGGCUCCUUCCUUCCUUCGAGGAUAGACAUUGAUCCUGGAUUUAGCUACUUCUUGUAUGUGAUAAGCAGAUAAACUGCAAUGAAGGAUUCUCAGGAUAUUCAGAGCACAACAGAGCUGCAGAUGUCACCCCAAGGUACCAAUGAAGUGCAAAGUAACCAACUAAACACAAUGGCCACUGAUGCUCCUGCAGGAGAUCCUGGUUCUUUGACAGUCGCUAGUAAUGAUAAUAGAAAAGUCUCCCGUGAAGACAUUGAACUUGUCCAGAAUUUGAUAGAGCGCUGUCUGCAGCUAUACAUGACCAAAGGAGAGGUUGUUAGGACGCUUUCUACUCGCGCGAGAAUAGAACCUGGCUUCACUACUUUAGUAUGGCAGAAACUCGAAGAAGAGAACCCUGAAUUCUUUCGGGCUUACUAUAUAAGAUUGAAACUGAAAAGACAGAUUAUCUUGUUCAACCAUUUGUUGCAGCAUCAGUGUAAUUUGAUGAAAUAUCCAGCACAUCCGAAUGUUCCACUGGCUCCAAUGCAAAAUGGGAUGCAUCCUAUGCCAGUUAACAAUCUACCAAUGGGGUAUCCAGUACUUCAGCAACCUCUGAUGCCUGCUCCUGGCCAGCCUCACAUUGAUCCGAUGGUUUGUGGUCUAUCCGGCGGUCAUGUGGUGAAUGGGAUCCCUGCACCAGGUGGCUAUCAACCAAUUCGCAUGAACUCCGGAAAUGACAUGGUUGUUGACAACGGUGCACCUGAAGUUGCACAUGGUGCCAUGUCAUCCGAGAUGGCUGUGAGUCCCUCAUCGGCAGCAUCAAGCAACCAUGCUCCUUUCACUCCGUCGGAGAUACCAGGGAUGGCCAUGGAUACAUCGAUGCUAGAUUCAGCAUUUGGAUCUGACAUAGGGAACACAGAACCUCUGCAAUUAGGGCCAGAUGGGUCGUCAAGGGAUUCCAUCCGAUCCUUGGGGCAGCUUUGGAAUUUCAGCCUCUCUGAUCUUACAGCUGAUUUGACAAGUUUAGGAGAUUUGGAGGCUCUUGAGAACUACGAAGGUACCCCUUUCCUGCCCUCGGACUCGGACCUCUUACUUGAUUCCCCAGACCAUAAUGAUGACAUAGUUGAGUACUUCGCCGACGCCAUCAACGGGAGUCAAUCAGACGAAGAGAACACCAUGGCGACUACAGAAUCAGAUCGACACGAUUCCGCCCCACCUACCACAAACCCCCAGAGCCACAGCGAACUCGAGCUCCCCCCAAUGGCAGCUCCGCCCGUCUCCGACCACCCCCAUUCCCCCGGCGACUCGCCGCUCCCCACCGACGCCCUCCUGGCGCACCCCCAACCCCCCUCCGCCCCCGCGCCCCAGCCCCCCACCGCCUCCCGCUUCCUCAUCAUCCUCACCGCCGCCCUCGCCGUCUCCACCUCCUACCUCCUCCUCCUCCGCCCGCCCUUCUCCGCCGUGUCCGCCUCCACCGCAUCCUUCGCACGGCCGCUAUCCAAGCUCCCGAAGCCGGUGGUCCUCCUCAUAUCCUCCGACGGCUUCCGCUUCGGCUACCACCACAAGGCCCCCACCCCGCACAUCCGCCGCGUCAUCGCCAAUGGCACCUCCGCCGCCGAGGGCCUCAUCCCCGUCUUCCCCACCCUCACCUUCCCCAACCAUUACUCCAUCGUCACCGGCCUCCACCCUUCCUCCCACGGCAUCGUAAACAACUUCUUCCCCGACCCCAUCUCGGGGGACAGCUUCAACAUGAGCUCCCACGAGCCCAAGUGGUGGCUCGGGGAGCCCCUCUGGGUCACCGCCGCCGACCAGGGGGUCCGGGCCUCCACGUUCUUCUGGCCGGGCUCGGAGGUGAAGAAGGGAUCCUGGGACUGUCCAGACAAGUAUUGCCGCCACUAUAAUGGCUCUGUGCCAUUUGAGGACAGGGUUGACGCCAUCCUUGGUUACUUUGAUCUCCCGGUUGAUGAAAUGCCGCAGUUCCUGACACUGUACUUUGAGGAUCCAGAUCACCAGGGGCACCAGGUUGGUCCUGAUGACCCAGCCAUCACCGAUGCUGUGACGCACAUUGACGAGAUGAUCGGGAGGCUCAUUGCUGGUUUGGAAGCUAGGGGGGUGUUCGAGGAUGUGAACAUUAUUUUGGUUGGGGAUCAUGGGAUGGUUGGGACCUGCGACCAGAAGCUAGUGUUUCUCGAGGAAUUGGCUCCAUGGAUUGAGGUGAAGGCUGAUUGGGUUCUUUCGAGGACACCAUUGCUGGCAAUCAGGCCACCAGAUGGUGUAUCCCCGGCAGUGGUCGUGGCCAAGAUGAAUGAAGGGCUGAGCUCUGGGAAGGUGAAGAAUGGGCAAUAUCUGAAGAUGUACUUGAAGGAGGAUUUGCCUUCUCGCCUGCAUUACUCGGAAAGCUAUAGGAUACCACCAAUUAUUGGGCUGGUAGCUGAAGGUUAUAAGGUGGAGAUGAAAGUAUCAAAGAAAAAUGAGUGUGGAGGGGCGCACGGGUAUGACAAUGCCUUCUUCUCAAUGAGGACCAUAUUCAUCGCACACGGGCCUCGUUUCGAAGAGGGUAAAAUUGUGCCCUCGUUUGUUAAUGUGGAGAUAUACAAUGUCAUUGCUUCCAUUCUCAGUUUGAAGCCAGCUCCAAACAAUGGCUCCAGUUCUUUCCCUGGAACAGUUCUUUUACCGAGUGAAUGAUCACCGGUGUAUGUGAGAGCUGUGGUUCUGGAGGAGAAAAACCCACUGAUGGUAUUAUCUUCCGGUUGUAGUUGUAUUUGUACACUAUUUAAAUUCAAAUUCUGCGACGUGCAGCUAUUCGCUACUGCUAAUACUGCAAGCAGAGAAUCCUUUUCCAUAAGGAUGUCAUUUGCCAAUGCAAAUCACAUCUAACCUUUUCAUCUUCUGUGAUGCUAAAUGUAUGAUGCCACUUCUUUUAAGUCCCAUGUUUUCUGCUUGAGUUGAUAA